AUGGACCCUCAGCUCCCCAACAAGAACGAGAUCCGUGAGCAGGCAGCCGAAGGCGAGCCCAUCACCCAGACCCAGGCAUCGACUCUCGCAUCUGCCGAGACCGACCUCACGGGCUUCGGUCCCAUCAAGGGCGGCACGGCGGCCACGGCACAGAGCAUGCACGACAAGCAGCAGAACUUCAUCGCCAAGACGGGGGACGUGGCGCGGAAACCUGCGCAAGAAAUCACGAGGGAAGACGCUGCGGCGAUUCAGAGCGCCGAGGCUCGCGUACUGGGCGGUCGUCCACCCAAGGGGUCGGCGUCGGCGAAUGCGCAAGCACUCGCUACUGAAAACGAAAAGCAGAAGCAGACAUAG